GGAUUUUGUUUGUCAAUAUUCCACUAAAGAAGAGCAAGAGCCUAAACAGCCAAAAUCCAAAAAACCCAAACUCAAUCCUAUAUCCAACUCACAACACUCACAAGAAUCAGAUUGCACCUAUGACCAGCCUUCCAACAGGAGAAGGAACCCUGCACCGCAAUAUAUCGAAGCCUUGGAGAGUCGCGUUCAACGAGCGGAAACACUUCUUCGGGCGGUCUUUCCGGGUGUUGAUCUGAAUGACCCCAACAUUGAUACUCUUAUCCACCAACAGUUGGGGAAAAUAAAAACGGAGGCUCUGGAAAACAGUUCAACCGACAAAUCUGGAGAUCCGAAUGUACAGGAUGCACAAUUACGUUCCAUGAUAGAGUCCACUGGUCAGUUAGACCUCGAUGAGGCUGGGUAUUGGGACUUCCAUGGUGGCUCUUCCGGGACAGUUUUCAUUAAGCGCAUGAGAGAGCAAUUCGGCGGCCUGCUAGGCAAUGACCACAGCGCUCCGUUGUUUCCAAGAAUACCUCGACCGCCACUGGUGACUUCAAUGUUCGACUCUCCUAGAUCAUCAACAGACAGUCCCUACGACGCUGGCCUUCCAAACACUAUGGAUCUUCCAUCUCGAGAAACAGCGAAAGUAUUAUGCAACGACUCGCUGGAACGUGCAUGCUCUCUUCUACGCUUUGUUCAUCAGCCAACUUUCUAUGAAAUGGUUGAUAAGAUAUUCGAUACCCCCCCAGAAAACUUUGGUGACAGCGAAAACAGAUUUCUACCUCUUCUUUAUGUUGUACUUGCUCUAGGUUGUAUGUUUCAUACCGAACCUGGAGAAGAUCCGAAUGGGCCUGUACAAAAUACAUACAAAGCUGGGAUCGAUCAAGGAGUUAAGUACUUUAGAGCUGCUCGACAAAUGAUGGAUAUCACCGACUGUCGCGAUCUCACGUCGUUGCAAGCUAUUGUGUUUAUGAUUCUCUUUCUCCAAGCAUCCGCAAAUUUGAGCACUUGCUAUUCGCACAUUGGCAUUGCCUUACGUAGCGCUCUAAGGAUGGGCUUGCAUCGCAACCUCGCCGGCAACUUCAAUCCAAUCGAACGUGAAACCAGGAGACGUGUAUUCUGGAUCAUCCGUAAGAUGGACACAUACGUUUCCGCUUUGUUGGGAUUUCCUAUUAUGCUGAGUUAUGAUGAUAUCGACCAAGAAUUGCCAAUUGAGGUUGAUGAUGAGUACAUUACCAAGGAUGCUGUUCUUCCGAUGCCACCAGGGAAAACAUCUUUGCUGUAUGCCGCCUCAAACGCACAUACUCGACUUAUGGCUACUUUGUCUAAAGUCAUCAAGUACAUAUAUCCUACAAAAGGUCUUGAACAGUCUGUGCAAGGAGCUUCAAAAUCAUCAUAUGUCAUUAGUCAUGCAAAAAUUAGAGAAAUCGAAAAGGACCUUGCGGAUUGGCUUGAUAAGCUAUCCCCGGAUUUGAGACCUGGAGGAGAUGGUACACCAGAAGUCCUUCGCGUGCAGCAGCUCCUUCGAUUGUCCUAUGCUCACGUGCAAAUGAUGUUGUACCGACCUUUCUUGCACUACGUGUCCAGUAAGCAAUGUGUCGGCAAGACGAUUGACGAGAGAUCGUAUGCUUGUGCUGCGGCCUGCGUCAGCGUAUCACGAAACAUCAUCCACAUUACGACUGAGAUGAAGAGACGAGGUCUCUUGGUUGGAGCGUUCUGGUUCACAAUGUACACCACGUUUUUCAGCAUCAUAUCGUUGGUUUACUUUGUGCUGGAGAACUUGGAUAAACCUGGAUCGGAAGAAAUUCUUGCGGACGUAAUCGACGGGAAAGCUGCCCUCAAUGGCCUGGCAAUGAGAAGUCAAGCUGCGGAUAGAUGCUCAACAGCAUUGAAAAGCCUCUUCGAUCAAUUGCCUGCCAGACUGAAGGAGGGCCGCCGGGCGACAGCAGUUGUUCAACCUCAAAAAAAGCGAGCUGCCCCAUCGCCCGGCAAGUCUCGCGAUACGCAGAACUCACCCGAGGUGGCACAGCGGACUCCAGGAUCUGCUCCAGUGAUUGGAAUGCUUCCAAGGGCGACAACAUUUCCUGUGCCUGCACCUAUCCAGACAGGAAAUGUGCAGAGAGCUUCCAUGGACGGAAAUCGUUUCCAGACCAAUACCUUGUCAAAUCCGAACCUCAGGCAAAGUUUCCACGAGCUUAUGUCGCCUGCAGAUUUGUCCUCUACCGGCACCCCCGACUCUACUACUGCUGCCAAUAGCUUGCAACAAUCACCAUUUCCACAGCAACCAUUUCACAUAAACACAGCCAUUCCCGAUCUGAAUGCUAUGAUGUUCCCAUCUGCGGAUCCAUUUGCAUAUCCCAAUCAGCCGUUGAUGGAGUUUGACAAUGUGAAGCAAGAGAAUGUCGGCAUGAGGAAUGGGCCUCAAGGACAGCGGAUGUACCUCUCCAAUGGUGCCAAUGGACCUGGUCUCUAUGACGAUCUGGAAGGCCAACUAUUUGGUCCUCUUCCACCGUAUCUUAUGCAAGGCCAACCAAAUUACGACUUGCAGGGUCAAAUGGAUCCAAGCAGCUCCAUGAUGGGCGGUUUGAAUCCACAAGAAAUGAUGUAUCAGCCGGGUGUUACAGCCAACGGAGAAAUGACCGGGAACUUCGAUGGAAUAUUCUCGGGGGAUGGUGAUGAAUGGGGCAGCAUGCUAACUUCUGAUCAAAGAUAUAGAUAGGUGAGUGAUUAUGGGCUAUGGCGUUGUAUGAUGAUGAACAAAAUAAUCUACGGAUAGAAUUGGGCGGAUGGAGAACAUGUGCUGGGCGUUGGUUGGAUUACUGUGGAGUAUAAUAAGUAAUAGACCAAUUGUUUUGAGGUGAAAUGUUCUUGAACAAGGUGGAUAUCAUGGAAGUUCCACUCCAAGUCCCCCAAAACGGAGAUAGUAGUCUCAAACAAUUCAAAGGCAUAUUUCAGUUGG